GCAGCCCGGCAUGGAGGAGGACGAGGGGGCUGCGGGCGGCGCGGAGCAGCGGCACCCCCGCCGGCGGCCCGGGGCCGAGCGCUCCCCCAGCCCCAGCCGCCUGGACGUGAGCUCCAGCCGCUUCGACCCUCUGCUGGCGCUGUACUCCGCCGACACCCCGCUCCCCUUCCCCUCCGCGCCCUGCUUCAACAACCUCGCCGAGUACGAGAGCUUCCAGCGCGGCCUGCUCCGUCCGCGCGGCCGCCGCGGUCCCUCCGUCCGACGCGGCCCUUCCGCAGGGCGCUCCGCCCGCCGCGGUCCUCCGGCCUCAGACCCCGAGCGAAUCCAGCGCCUCCGCAGCCUCAUGGUGAACGCGGGCCCCGAGCAGGACGCGGCGGGCGGCGGCACGGCACGGCGCAGGAGGGCGCCGCGAAACGUCCUGACCAGGAUGCCGCUGCAUGAAGGCAGCCCACUGGGGGAGCUCCACCGCUGUGUCCGAGAUGGUGUAAAAAUCAACGUUCACAUCCGCACUUUCAAGGGGCUCCGUGGAGUCUGCACGGGCUUCUUGGUUGCAUUUGACAAGUUCUGGAAUAUGGCCCUGACAGAUGUGGAUGAGACAUACAGGAAGCCAGUACUGGGCAAAGCUUUCUAUGCAGAACCUCAGCUCUCACUGACCCGGCUGUUUGACAGACUCAAGCUGCAGGAUGCCUCUGUGAAGAAGGGAGCUGACUCAAAGACUGUAUCAGGGGAGCUAGCCCUGACAAAUGACUCUCAGACGCCUGGAUGGAAAGUUGGAUCGGGACGAGGGAGAGAAGAAGAUGAGCGUGAGAAGCAGAAACGCUUGGGCAGAGGUGGAGAAAAGAAGGUGCCAGGAGACAGUUUGCAUCUGGCUGUCAGAGGUGAAGCUGAUGUGGGCAGCGGGACUGCUCACACAGGGGGUGCCACUGCUGGUGGUACCCGCAUAAGAAGCCAGGCACGGAGAAAAAGAAGGCCCAAAGUGGAUUAUCAACAGGUGUUCACACGUCACAUAAAUCAGAUUUUUAUUCGAGGAGAGAACGUCUUGCUUGUCCAUUUAGCUCAUUGACUUGGAUGAGCCUUCGUCAGUGUAUUUAUUUGAUAGCAUGAAUUGCUGUGGUAGCUCUCAUUCCUAUUUAGCAUUCUUGUGAAUGUGGUACUGUGACAGGUUUCCCACUGCCAUAACAAGGUAGGGGAAGUAAUUCUAACUGGAGUAUCCUGAGCUUACUGCCAAAGCACCCUCCUUCAGUCUCUGCUGGGGGGUCUCAGGGUGAGCAGCAUAGUUUUGCUUUGUGAGAUGAGGGGGAUGAGCACAGAGCCCACUGCUUCUUAAAAAGUAAACAGCUAAGUCAGGAAGGUUGGUAGAGAAUGUUUGUGUAGUCAGAUAUAGGAGUGAACUGUGACAUAUGUUUAAGGAGCUGAAGAUGAGAUCUCCACCUGAAAGAAAUCAAAAAUGAUAUUUUGCAUGUUCUGAGGAAUCCCUGAUUUCACAUGUUCCAAAACCAACUGUUUAUCUGCCAUUGUUACACAGAUGCCUUCUCUUCCAGAUGUAAUUCUGACAGUCAGAUUAAAUAAUGUGUGAAAAGGUGGGGUGGCAUGCUACUGAGGCUUCAUCAUUAGCUCUGUAAUGCUCUGUGUGAUAGAAAACCUCUUCUCUCAGUUGAAGACUCUUCUUUUUCUGUUAAUGAUUGCCAGGAUUUAAUCUUUUUGCAAUGUCAAAGCUUAUGCUCCUGUUUGCAGUGCCAUGCUUUCACCAUGUGUCACCAGCAAGCAGCUAAUGGAGCUGAUGUAGGGACCUCCAUGUUUGGAGAAUCUCUCUGAAUGCUGUGGAUGCAUAUGGAAAACUGUACCUUUCUCUUUCACCCAUUUGCUUCCUGUUGCAAUAGCAAUAUCUGCAAAGAUGUAGUUUUCCUUCUCAGAUACAAGUGUUCUUGCUGAGCACAUCGUGCUGUAUCUAAGCGCCUUUAAAUUCCCUCUGUUGAAACUAGAGGUGCUCUGUCUCCAGCUGUUCUUGGGGAGCACAAAUUGUCAUGAUUCUUUUCUAUCUGUAUAAAAGUCAAACUCAGCUCAUCGGUCAUUUUAUUUUAGCAGUGUUCUUAAGCUAUGACAGAUCAGACCAGGCUUCUGCAUAUAUAAACUGCUUUCUGAGAGCUAAGUACAAAAGUUUGAGGUAAAUAAUGCUGUUAAAUUACUUAGUCUGUUCUCUUGGAUGGCAGAGGAGCUAGAUUUCAUGCUGCUAUUCCUAUUUUCGUACCAACUACCUUAUGCUUCACAGCAGCUCUGGUGUGAAGAUGUGAAAUUGCCAGGACAACAGGUAAAACAGCUUUCUAGUGCUUUAUAGCAGGUCUUGUAUUGCAUACUGAGGUCAUAAGUCCUCAGACUGAGUGAGUGUCCUCUCGAAUGACAUGUUUCUAUUGCAACAAGUGUGGUAUAUUGCUUACUUGUCAUUAGGAGUACAUCUGGUGCUUGGGUGAAUUACAGAAGUCAUUUAGCAGGAGCUCCUGGGCACGCAGAGUAGCUUUGAGCCUCUGGGGGAGUCUGAAACUUUUAUGUCAGCAUUUCAGAUUGAGGUGGGGUUGGGUGACUGAUCAGCACAGCCACUGAGAAGCAAAUCUGAGUUCAGACUGGGACAAAAGUACCUCAGAUUGAGAAGUGCUCUGGAGGCAAAAACCAGUUUCACGGAGUUAAGAAAAAAAGAAUAUUUACUAUUUUUUAUUACACGUAACUUCACUGCUGUAAUUCCUUCCUACUAUGAGCUCAGCACUGAGCAGAUUCCUCCCUUGGAGGUUCUUGCCUCCUCUUGUGCUGUUGUUUGUGUUGAUGUGGUCCCCUGUUCCCUUGUACGCAGUUUCCUUCUUUCAGUAGUUUCUCUCCUCAGGAUGUUCCUUUCUAACUUUGCUUUCGGAACAUUGUUCAUCUCUUUACCCCUGGUGGCUCUUUCUGAACCUUUCCUGGUUGCCUUUCCUUGCACUUGCCAGCUGAACAGAAUCCUCACAAAUUAUUGCAAGCGUAUGAAGCUAGAAACAAGGAACUUCUUUCUGCUCCUGAUUUCUCAGCAACUUUCAUUGCAAAUUACUGUUUUUCUUUAUUUUUAUUGUUUUCAGUGGUGUUUCUUUUUUCUCCUCCAGUUUCUGACUGGUUUGUUUCCGUUUCAGCUGUGUGGGCUGACUGUCUCUGCCUCUUCCAUUCAUGUGUGCCAAAGGCUGCUGGUUUGACACCUCUCCCUUUUCUCUCAUACUUGACCAAGGGGUGUUGUAUCUCCACUCAGGCUUCUGUGUCAGAUCUUCCAUUCAAUUCUUGUAGUUUAUUUUUCUAACCUUGUAUCUGUAUUUCUCUUUGUUUGCCUGUUUCAUCCUUUCUUACACAUUAAAUAAGAUACAGCUGUCUUGAGUGUUCUUUCAACUUUAGUGCCCUCUUUCCAUGCCACUGACAGUUCAUCAUUUUCACUUAUUACAACAAGUCUCAGUGUUUCCUUCCAUAAAAGGUUUUUUUUCUGGAAUCUUACAAGUGUUUGUUGCUUCAUAUCUAUGCGUUUCUGAUUGUAGAUUCUAUGAGAAAUGCUGGUGCUCACACUUGCAUUGGUGCCUUGAUUUUUAUAUUGCUGACCUGUUCUUCCUCAGUCAUCACCUCAGUCCACAAACCUGGUUAAGAGUGAUACCAUUUUAUUUCUUUUUCCUCUACCUCAUUAUUAAACUGUUCUUCCUCUUUUCUCAUUGCUUUCUUAUCUCUGAACUUGAUUCAGUUUCUUUUCCACUUUAGCUGUAAUGGUUUGUGUGGUGGUUCUUCCUUUAUUUCCUAAUUCUUACCCACUCACUUCUCAUUAUUUCCAAGCUGCUUCUUAAAUACAGCCUCUUCCAUUCUCCUAGUCUUCCUGUUCCCUACUUUUUCUGACAGCGUAUCAUUUUAAGGCCCAUUAUCUAAGUACUGUUUGAUGAACUUUGUCUCAUUCAAACAUAGUAUUUGUUUAUGACUUAGCAAGUGAUGCUGUACGUGUUGUCACUUGCAUGUUUAAUACUUCAGAUAAAGUUUCUCUUUAAAUAAAAUUGAAUGCGAUUCUGAAGUGAAGUUUUCUACCUCACUCAAGUAUUCAUGUAAAUUGAACAAACCAAAACUACUUUGUUAUUUUGGUUGUUGUUUCUGGUUGUUUCUUUCUGUUUUUUUUUUUUUUGCCUUUUCCAGACUCAGCACAGAUCUGGGUUCUUCAUUCGGCAGCUGGCUCCCCCUGCAUUCUUCUUUUGCUGUAGUGUCACAAAGAAGGUGUGAGCAUAGAUAUCUGAAGUUACUACGCUAAGACUGAGAGCAGGAGCAGGAGGCAGUCCUAAGAAACAAAGUAAAGGUCAGCAGGUUUUGAGACAAAUGUAAAGAAUCCCUGGAAGGGAUUGCUCUCCUGGUUGCAUUCUGCCUGGUUUCUGGGAUGUUUUUCAGCCUGUUGGUAAGCACUGAUUCUUAAAGCCCAUUUGUUGUGAAGCACCAAAUGAUUGCAAGGAGCAGUGUUUUCUGAUCCUCCUUUGAAAAAGUGCUGUGAUCACUAGAGGUGAUUUUAGGAUAAUUCCUGAAAUAGCAGAUGUGAAACUUGUGCAGUGUCACAAUGCCAGCUGCAGAUACAUGAUACAGUACGUAUGACGUAAUGCAGUAGUUUUAGAAUUAAACUGUGGUGUCACAGAUACUUCUCAGUGUCACCGUGUACCUUUCUAUUGCCAGCAUAGUUCAGUAGGGAAUGAAGUCACAUGGUAACUUUAAUAAGGGCUAUUUUGUUGUUUUUUUUGAAUGGUGAUGUAAUUCUGAAGUCCUUUUCACACAGUCUGAGGGAGAUUUUCAUGACACCACAGCACAGAUCCUUUAUAUGCUGUUGGGAAGUGAGGAAAACAGUGAGAACCAGGCUGAGCACCGCAGUGUUAGCCUGUAGUUGUGAGUAUUGUUCUUUCUUGGGAAACUUUUACUCAGGUGCUUCAUUUUUAUCAAACACUUGGGAAGUAUGGGGUGGUAACAGAAUAGAUAAGGCCAGUGUUAGAAAGGAGCUUGUAGAAAGUGCAGCUUUGAGUCUCUCACCUGACUAGUCUGGCUUGCUCAUUGCCUGAAAGUUUUUCUGAUCUAAAGUCAGGUGCCUAGCAUGAUGUUACUGAAAUAGGCAGCACACAGUAGUUUGUGACUGCUUUUCUCCUUCAGCUACUGGACUGUUUGUUUCUGAUGCAACUUUCCCCUGGGCACUGUUUAGAAGCAGGGGCAGGUCUCAGCAGCGUGCAGCUGGAAUUGCCCAUGAAUUGCAGUGGAUGAAGAAGUUUUCAGGAAAAAAAGGCAGCAGAUAUAAAAGAUGUCUGAUUUUUGUUGAAUUUAGUGUUGUGUCCAACAUGCUGCCCACAGUGCCCUUUCAGUUGCCCAGUGGCACCGACUGAAAUGAAAUCGGUACAAAGAAUGAUUUCAUCUGGUCUUGAAAGAAAAUGGGAAAGCAGAUGGGUCAGCAAACUCAAGUAUCUGAAGAUGUGUAAUUGCAGGUAAACUUUCAGUCUUUGAUUAGACAGAGCAGAACUAUAAGCAGCAGUUUAAGCUGAAGGCUGUGUGGCUGGAUACAAUUGCAAGGUGCAGCAGUAGCAGUGGUGCAGUGAUUGCUUCAACCAGCCACACGCUUUCCUGAGAAGCUGUUGAGUAAUAUGUUUGUGGUUGCCUCAAAGCAUAACUGCAAAAUACUGUGAGUUGAUAUAAAGCUGUUUUCUGCCUGCAUAGCAAAGUGUAAAGCAGAAAUGCUAGAUUGUGUGUCUUCUGCAGCCCAGAACUAUUUCAGUUCAUGCUUUCACCUCUUUGCAUUGGCUUAAAAAUUGGAAGCUUGUACUAUAGCAAUUAUAAGACUGCCUUGUUAAUGCUUACUAGAAAUGAUAUUUAAAAAUUAAGAGAUUACAGGAUAUAUGGAAUUAUGUGAUACUGACUGAUACAGUGACUAAAGGUUAUAUUAUUGUGAUUAAGGUAUUACAAACCAAAAACCUCUUUUUUGAAGGAUACUACGAAGAUGCAGAAAUGGAAAUUUAUGAAGCCACCGUAGGAACAAGAGAAGAUAAAAAAAUCCUUCCCUUCUAGUGCAGGAAGAUGAUCUUUGUAGAGAGAGGUAGUUAUUUCAACACUGGUUCUCCCAGCAUUUCCAUGCUUGAUGGGAGAUGGGCAUAAACAAUCCAAAACCCAAAGUGACUUAGGCACAAUCACAAACACAGCCCAAAGAGACAUGAGUCUGCUUGCCAACUUGAGUAUAAACAAUCUUAACUUUACAGUGAAAGUUUCUAGAAGAGCAAUUCCAGUUUGUAGCAAUCAGGUGUCCACAACGCUAGCAGUGUGCAGAGUUUUCUUGGCGUUACCAUCUCCCACAAGAUGUCUGUACAGUGGUUCCUAGAGGUGUGCUGUCCUGUGUUACCUUGUGUUUUACAGACAAAGCAGUGAAUGUGCAGAGACGAUUCUGUAGUGCAGCCUCCAUUCGUUGAACCAUGCCCCAAGGGUCUCUGCCAGGCUCCAUCCCUUAUAACUGAUACAUUUGAUCCUGCCUAUAAAAAUGUGCAGAGGAAACCCAGUGGGAGAACAAACAACUAAGCAAAUUUCCUCUUUUGAGGCAGGGCUGGCAGGAGGCUUGGUUUUCCUCGUUAACUUUCUGGGGGUGCGGGAGGCAGGACUGCUUCAGCAGGGGAAUAUCAGAGCUGGCUUGUCUCAUGAUGUUUACACGUCCUUUCAGAUGUCACUGUAAGUGCUCCUGCUCUUAGCUGGGAGAAGUGGAGGCCUGUCAGGGAAGGAAAAUGGCUUCUGAUGUUCCUGGAUAACUGUUUUAUUAGCUGCUACCUUCACAGUGUACACUUGGAUGACUUAGCUGAAGAAAAUUAGUACACCUGAGACUUUCAGUCAGUCUUGUAUUCGUUUAGAAUGAAAAGUAGUUUGAUCAGUUUGUGUAAAAACAUAUCCAUCUUUUUUUUCCUCUCAAAAGAUCAGUGCUCUCUCUCAGGCAAGAAAUGAAAGCUGCUCCUGCUCCUUUAGUGAUUGCUUCUGAUUUGCACUGCUUCAGAGCAAAGUGCAGCUGUGUCAUUGUACCUUCUGCCUGACAGAUCAUCCUGAGAUGAGAAAAUGAGAGAAGUGCUCCAUUUCUUUAACUCUAAAAUGGGCAUUAUGAGAGGACCAGUUGUAUUGACCUCCUUCCAAAUGGUGCAUGCAUCCAAUAUAGCUGCAUGGACUGGGACUUACAACCAAUUAGUCAGUUAUAAAGCUCCCCCAGUGAAACACAAAGGGGCAGCAUGACCUACCAGACCCAUACGGGGUUGGAAGUCAGGUGCUGACAAAUUCCAACCUCACUACUGCCACUCACUCACUGAAUGGCCUUGGCAUGUCACUUUCUUUAUGCUCCACAGCUGUAAUCCAUCUGAGAGCAGUCCUUGCCUGUCUCACCAGUAUCUGGGGGAGCAGCGAGCGCUACACAAGUGCUAAGUAUUGUUAUUAAAACUAUAAUAUGUCAGGUAAUGCAGAUACAUAGAUCAUCUGCCCUCUUCAGGCACUCGACUGUUAGCCUUGUGUCUUGGCACAUGGGAAGUGUGCCAGACAUCAGGUGUAAUGACGCACUUCAGUCCUGGAAUUACUUGUGUUUUCAAGGUCAGAUCGGUGACUUCAAUAUCUGUUUCACACUGCAGUACCAUGUUUGGUCAAACUGAUAAAUAAGGGUGUAACUUGUUUGUAAUUCCUUCUCUGUCUUCCUAUUUUGUUUCUUAGGAAGCUGAUGCUGCUAUGAACAUAUUGAAUAAUACCAAAUUUGCAAUAUUCUGCUUUCCAGAUAUAAAUGUUUAUAUUUAAAAGUGCUAAGACUACACUGCAAUAAAUAAUAUCCAUUUAACAGUUGGCUUCAAAGCUUCCUUUUUGUGCUCUGUCUAAUAUGCUCAUGACAGUGGUUAGGACAGGCACGUGGAUGUGGGGGCCACAAGUUCCAACUGUUAGUGCUUCUAUCCAGUGUGUGAUCUGAGGUGAAGCAGUUGUCUGUGUGUUCAAAAGUGUAUUUAGCCACAAAUUAACACCACCAUACCUGUCUUUUAGAGAUGCAGAAAGGAAGUGAACUUCACGCUGAAGAAUGUAAGUACCAUCCUGAUCACUCAAAGGGCUGCUACAUACAAUGUGUCUUCCACCUGCCAUGAGGAGAGGGUUUUCCAGGAAAUGGAGAGACCCAGAGCUGCCAUACAGUGUGAGCAGAGGCAGCUUCUGACUGCCAGGAAGCCCACAGUAAACGGUGCUGGUGCGUUUGGAUCACAGGUGCUAAAUAUAUGGGUGCAGGUUGCUAGAGGUGAUAACAAAUCUGUUGUGGAAUUCAGGUGUUUUCUAAAGGAAUCAACCUGCCAACUGCUUAAAGAAUACAAAAUCUGCAGUUUAAAGCUACGAGCAGCAGUAGGAGGAUGAAUGUAAUGAGAAGGAUCAGGCAGCAGCAAAUUCGCAGAGGUCUGUACCCAUUUACUUUCAUUUGCAUUUUAAAGUGGAGUUUUACACCAGGAGCAUGCCCUUUCUGCCAUGUGUCUGAUAUCUCCCUGAUGUCAUUGCAGUCAGUGGCAGUAGAUUCUUGCUUGCUCUUUUAGGUUACAGCUCUGUCUGUUUAACUGACAAAUGCAAAGGACACGAGUUGUUUGAUGUUCCUGCAGGUUGUGAAGCACGUGCUCUAAUGCCUCCCUAACCGGAGUCACAUCAGUUGGUUUAAGUGCAGCAGUUGUACUCCUGAGCUUUCCAUGAAACAAGUUUGGCACUGCCACGGAGCUUUUUGCAUUGUUCUACUGCUCUUAGCUAUUAAAACCUAAACUGUAGCUUUUCCAGUGCAAAGAGGCCUGCUAAAGCAUGGUUGGAAAUUUCAGUCUCGAAUGCUGACUCAGACAUGUGGGUUGGGGGUGUACUUGCUUGCAGGUGACGUGCAUCUGAGAAUACCUGUGCAGACAUUUGUCUCAUAUCCAUUGAGACCAUUGCUCAGAUUAAGGGAAAUGAUGGCUGGAACAAUAAGGCAUGGUUAGAAAUUCCAAUUCUGAGCUUAGCUGCUGUCCAGGUAUUCUAUAUAGCUCAUUUAUCUCCAGUUUUCACGUCAGUUUGUCUCUGUUUUUGAGACCUGUGAACAGGUGGGGCUUCUCUGGCGAUACUGAAGCUGUUAGAGGUUGGGACCACAUCUCAGCUGCUCAUCCCCGCAUCCAUCCCCGGCGCUCCCCGCCCGCUGCAGCCGCGAGGUGGCAGCAGGGGAAGGGGAAUCCCGCAGCCGCCGAGAUCCCGAGGGGUUGGGAGGAUGGGAGGGGGAGGAGAUCCCACUGCGAGCUGAGAUUUAGGUUGGAUUUACUUUAAGGGUGGUGAGGCAGUGGCACAGGUUGCCCAGAGAGGCGGUGGUGCCCCAUUCCUGCAGACGCCCACGGUGAGGCUCUGAGGAGCUCUGAGAACUGAUGGAGCCGUGGGUGUCCCUAUUCAUUGCUGAGGAGUUGGAACACAUCUCCUUUAAGGUCCAUUCCAACUAAAACGAUUCUGUGCUGAUUUACAGGCUGGAAUUCUAUAUUGCAGAAUACAGUGGUUGGAAGGGGUCUCUGAGGCUCCUCCAAUCCAGCCCCCCCAGUAAGAGCAGGAUCCUGCAGUGUGGUACUCAGGUAAGCAUCCUCCUAAGUUUUGAAUAUCUCUGGAUAAGGAGAGCCCACCACAUCUCUGUGCAGUUCACGUGGAAGUGAGGUGGUGUGGAAGAUACUGAAAUAAUAUUCUUUGAGCCCAUGGGCGCUGUCAUGGUGUGGUCACACACAGCUGCAGCAGAGGUUUGAAGGGAAUCAGCCCCCCUUCUGUUCUGCCCUGCUGGGGACCAGCUCAAGCACAAGGGGUUUGUCACAUCAGUGUGGUCAAUGGAACAAGUGUGCAGCACAGUGAUCAGGAAAAGGAGGUGGGGGUUUGAAUGGAAAAUCUGAUGCUAUUGGACUGAGGUAGCAGCAGGAAGGAUGGCAAACAGGACAUUGCACCACAGCGGGCAGAAAGAGCAGAGUAGAGAGCUGUGGCUGCAUUUGAGUGAACCAGAGUGAGACAGAAAGGAGGAAGCGACUGAUUUUAUACAUCUCUGCUGGAAGAAGGGCUCUGUGGUGGUUCUUCUUGGGGAAGUAUGGGUAAAUGUUGGGCAGCAUCACCAAGUUCUCAAAAAGGUGGAAGAAACAACUGAAAGAACGCUUGAUUUUAGUUGCUUAGAGGCUCCAAAAUGAGAACAGUGGAAAGCGGAGGAAAGGUGGGGGCUCUCAGCAAGACCUCUCUGCACCAUACACCUUGCUGGAGUUUACCCCAGCUCAAACCUUGGGGUAAAUGAGCUCAAACAAUGCUGGAGGGAUACACUUCAUACCUCUGCUAUUAGCUGCUGUAAUGCCUGUACUGUUGGUUUAGAAGCUGUGGUUGGGGUGGGGUGCUACCAGGUUGCAGGACUGAAGUGAACUGGGUGGAACCAAGGUGGCAGAGCUAGGACUUAAACAGCUCUAAAUUCAGCCAAAUUGUGCAAAUGGGCACAAACCUGUCUUCGCCAGCACCCCUUUGCCCCCCAGCUUGGUGUUUAUGAUGCAGUAAUGUCUGCAUGUUUGCUAAACCACCUCCAUCAGGCAAUGACAGCUUUAUACCUGCAAGAUAGCAGGUAGUAAUUAGUUUACUUUAGUAACAGCUGCGUUCAUGUCAUUCCUCCUCCAGGAUGCUUUGAAGCCACCCACUCCUCAGCUUGCUGUUUUAAUUAAAAACAUAGACCCUUGAAAAAGCAGGUUGUACCGUCUCCAACCUCUUGAGACACAGCAAACAUCAGUGUUAGCGUGAAGCACUUGCUGAGAGCCAUCCUUGGCUUCGUGUCUAUUUUGCAGUGUAAACUAAUGAACAAAGAGCUGCUAU